UAGUCUGUGCUAUUUUGUGUCUAAUCACAUGCUGUACGUCAGACUAUGGUAAAGUUGUUUCAUGUGCGGCGUAAUUUCUUAUAGUUUAUAAAACUACAGUUCAUCUUCAACCAUGAGUAUUCUUACGCAAGAUGACAAGCAAAACAUCAGAGACGUUUGGGCGAAAGUCUUUGAAAACGCAGAAGAAAACGGAAAAGUAGUUGUUAUACGGCUAUUCGUUGACCACCCAGAAACCAAGAAAUAUUUCAAGAACUUCAAAAAUAUCGCCACCGAGGAGGAACUGGAGAAGAACGCCCGUGUUAAACUCCACGGAAAGAAAGUCAUGAAUGCUCUCAACGAGGUCGUUGAGAACAUGGAUGACUGGGGGGCAGUGGUUAAAAUCCUUACCCCACUGGCAGAGAAGCAUAAAGACGUGCACAAAGUCGGUGUUCACAAUUUCAAGCUUUUGUUUGAAGUGAUUAUUAACGUUUAUAAAGAUGCGUUGGGAGCCUCCUUCACACACCCCAUCUGCGAGUCUUGGAGGAAAGUCUUCAAGCUCCUCUUUGACUUCCUGGAAGCUUUCUACACAAACACCAGCGAGUCGUAAGACUGGCCCCCUCUGAAGAGAAAAAGUGGAGGUAUCACCAGUGACGUAUGCACUUCUCCAGGCUCGCCACUUCGGUUAAUAAUAUAAUGUCAUUUACACUUUUUUUAAGUUCAUAAUAUUUACUACUGUAUUUGUUUUAUUUAGUAUAGUGUUACCAUUGUAGCAGUAGCUUGUAAUUAUUAUACUUUUUAAUAUAUGUUUUGUUCAUAUAAAAUAAAGAUAUUAACGAGGUAAGCGCUUAGUGCACUGGCACUUCACAUUUGUUUUUUUGUUAGUGUCUGUUUGCCAAAUAUUGCAACAUACUGUACUGCAAUUUUACAUUCACGGAGGAGCAAGCCAGUUCCGUGUGAUAAUUUUUCAUACAGAGACAUACAGUUUUUGCCAUGUGUGUUUCUAAAUGUUUGGGCAGAGUGAUUGUAUUACAUUAUUAUAAUUCCGUUUACUCUCAUAACCGGCAUCCACGUGUACUAUGUACUAUACUUUUGCAUUAGAUGAAAAGUGACAACAUGAAAUAUGGGCUUUUUGAAUGUUAACAUGUGUUUUAUAUGCAUUAUAUGAUAAUGCAAAGCUGGCAUGUUCGUAGUAUAGCCUUCUAUAGAACAGAUGGACACUGGGCCAUAGAGUCGUGUUGUGUUAUUUGAUACAAAGUAACUUCAAACUGCCUCACGGAUGUAUUGCUUUAGAAAUGGUGAGUACAAUACAAUAGAGUAUGGAUUAUAUUCUCACUCCAUAUCUGUAUACAUCUCUGUAAAUUAUGCACCAUGCUCUCUUUUUUAAAGAUGAUAUUUUAAACUGUACUAACAAUGUUUAAUAUUUUGUGUGUCUCAUAAAAUAUUAUAAAUGCAUAUUUUUAGUCAUUUGGAAUUUUCUUUUAACAAUUAAGAUCUAUUAACCAAUCUGUCUUUUUUUCUUGCCUCUAGAAUGCUUUGUAAACAUAAAUUGUGCAUUAAAUGACUAAAUCAAAA